AUGGCCGCUCCUCCAGAGCUGCUGCGGCUGUACCCGGACGCCUUGCGGGACGCACAUGCUGCUGCCUACGCGCUGGUGGUCGUAGCGCCAGUGACUGCACUGGCGUCUCGUCUGCUGCUGUAUAGAGGGAAGAAGACGACGCCUGUGCAGGUGUAUCUCGUGUCGCUUGCGGUCCCGACGCUCGCCCUGUGGCUGCCAACGUGGAUGUGGCCCGAAGAGAAGAACGUGUAUCAAUCGUUGGGGAUGAGUCGCUUGGAGACGCAAUAUCAGUGGGCACAGAAGUACGCUUUCUAUCGGAAGCACUUUCAACUCGGCACUAUGACUCGUGAAGCUUGGCAAAAAAUUGACGCGGCGUAUGAUAAUAUAUACAGCGACAAAGCGCGCUACUUGUACGACUUUUGGGGUCCCGGCAAGAACAUGUCGGCACACGAGACGAUAUUCAAUAUCGGGCUUUUCUACCUUCUUUGGAUGGCUAUCAUCUACGCAGUAACGACACCCAAGGCAACUCAAGCCGCUAGCAAAUUGCCGUUUGUGGGCCUCAUGAUUCUCAUGUGCAUGGAGAUUGCAGUCCAGUUGACCCGCUACGACCCGGUGAUUAAGGAACUAGCGCCGUUUACAACACCGCGUGAGUUUUUGUUGUGGUGUCACUGGUAUUUCCCGAUUCUCCUGUUCGCGACGGUCUUGAUGAAGAAGGUGUUCUUCAUCGAUAUGGAGAAACACCACCAGCGGAUACUCAUGUACAUGCUGGAAAAGAACAUGAAAACGGUCGAGGAGCUCCGAAGCUUGAAUCGGGAACUGAUGCCCGAAUCCGCACCAGUCAAUAACGACUUGAAGAAAAAGCAGAACUAG